UCACAGCCACGGAGAAGACACUGCUAUUCCCAUAUUACAGAUGAGUCACUGUAUCUUGGAGCUCUGCCAUACGAAUUCUCUUACCCGCCCAGCAUAGACAGUCGUGGAAGCCAGAAGAGCUGGCAGAGUCUAGAAAUCGGCUGCCCCCACUCUCACCGCAUACCUGAAGAAAGUGGACCCUCUUUCUCACUUCCUAAGAAUACCCCCGUGAGGUGACAGCAUAUCCUCUCAGCCCGUGGCAGGAGACCUCCCCUACAAAGCCCUAUUGACCAGAAGAGUCCCAUUGCCUGGAUUCCAUCCACCAUGACAGCCUGCCAGAGCGUAUCUGAAAUGAAGCUCCAAACUCCCAAAGGUUUGCAGGAUCGGAGAUGGGGAAAGAGAGGCCUUUGGGCUAAUUUCCUUUCGGAUGCAUGGGGAAGGCCGAUUCUCCUAUGUGCCUCUGGAGCGUAUCUCAGACCUUUCAAGACCUAUGUUGCUGGCCCCCCAGAACCCGGAACAUGGCAGAUGGGGCGCAGGCCAACCCCAAAGUGUUCAAAAAGAAGGUGCUGGAUAGAUGCUCCUCUGGGUGGAGGGACCCACGCUUCCGAGCCUCCUGUCCUUCAAGAACCCCCAGGUCUAGCCUGGGUAUGAAGAAGUUCUUUGCCGUGGCCAUCCUUGCCAGCAGUGUUCUGUCCACAGCCCACAGCAGCCUGCUCAACCUGAGGGCCAUGGUGGAGGCCGUCACGGGGAGGAACGCCAUCCUGUCCUUCGUGGGUUACGGUUGCUACUGUGGGCUGGGGGGCCGUGGCCAGCCUAAGGAUGAGGUGGACUGGUGCUGCCACGCCCACGACUGCUGCUACCAGAAACUCUUUGACCAGGGCUGUCACCCCUAUGUGGACCACUAUGAUCACACCAUCGAGAACAACACUGAGAUAGUCUGCAGUGACCUCAACAAGACAGAGUGUGACAAGCAGACAUGCGUGUGUGACAAGAACGUGGUUCUGUGCCUCAUGAACCAGACGUACCGAGAGGAGUACCGCGGCUUCCUCAAUGUCUACUGCCAGGGCCCCACGCCCAACUGCAGCAUCUACGAACCACCCCCUGAGGAGGUGCACCAUAACCUCCUCCUUACCUGCCCGAACCUCAACUCAGGGUCAGCGGCCUCCAUGGAGCCAGCCCCACCUGCCCAAGGACCACUGAGGCCAUCCUCCGCCUGGACUCAACAGCCGCCAGCAAGUUUGCCUGGCAGUGUCCCUGGGGUACCAUUGUCACUGGGGAGGGAGAGCCAGGAAGGGUGGAGAAGGAGGCAGAAGGGGCACGUAUGAAAAAGAGGACAGGAAGCCUCACCAGAGGCAGUUUCCAGAGCCCCAGUCUUGGAGACAAGGACACUGCCACCCAACGCCACAGUCAGUGUGGGAGGGGCCCACGUCCCCCACCCCCCACGCCACACCGCUGCCUCCUGCUGGCCAUGGUCCUCUGGCUGGGAGGAAUGCAGGUUCCCAGCUGUACCCCUCUUCCCCGCACACACACUCUCCCCUGUCCCACGGAAAGUCUAGGCCAGGAUCUGGCGAUGGGAUUCUGCUGCCCAGGGGUCCUGCCCGCCCUCACUCACCCCAGAUGCUUCAGAUGCUGCAGGUCCCAGAGAAUCUCCACAGGACUUGGCUUCCCCUGCUCAAAUGAAUAAAGGCCUCCUACCUCAACUCCC